AGGGCAGGAUCAAGUUCGAGGACGUUGUUGCGUUGGGAUAUAAGUGUGUGAUGAUUUGGCGUCAUCCAGACAGUUUAAAGUUUUGUUCUUGUAAAUCUCAUCAUAGGACUUCAGCAAUAGCUUGACAAACUAUCCACGUAGAUACGACCCUACAAACCAGGUUCCCCUUACACCAGAUCAGACAGGACAGCACUAUACGCAAUGACUACAGUAGCCGGAGGUCUUCCCACUCCGGGACUCCAUGAAGGCUUGGAGGAUGUGGAUCCAUUUUUGCUCGAUGCACUGAAAAAAGUCGAAGAAGACUUUAAAGUUGACACUGCGAUGUUGAAGAAGAUCAGUCAGCGCUUUGAGGAGGAACUACACGAAGGAUUGGCUAAGACUGGAGCCAACUUGUCUAUGAACGUGACAUGGGUGAAAGGGUUCCCGACAGGCAAGGAGAAGGGAAGUUACCUGACCAUUGACCUUGGAGGAACGAACAUGCGUGUGUGCUGGAUCACUCUUCACGGAAAUGGUAGUGAUGCAGAGGUUGUUCAGGACAUGUUCAAGCUACCUCCAGAGAUCAAGAAGGGAGAGGCUCAUGAGCUGUGGGCACUGGUUUCAGAGUACCUCCAAAAGUUUAUCGAGAAACAUGACUUGAAAAGUACGGAUGGUAAACGCCUCCCCCUUGGGUUCACUUUUUCAUAUCCCGCAACACAAGAUAGAAUCGACCAUGGAAAAUUAAUUACUUGGACAAAAGGGUUUGAUAUUAAAGGAGUCGAAGGCCAAGAUGUGGCAGGACAACUACGGGACGCGCUGGAACAACGGAAACUACCUGUUGAACUGGUGGCUUUGAUCAACGACACGACAGGAGCCUUGAUCGCCUCGGCAUAUAAUGACCCGGAGACUAUCAUAGGAGUAAUAUUUGGCACUGGUUGCAAUGGCGCAUAUAUGGAAGAUGUGGGCUCAAUACACAAGCUGAAAUCAUCACUUCCAAAAGACACCCCGAUGGCCAUCAACUGUGAGUACGGAGCUUUCGAUAAUAGUCGACAAAUCUUGCCGCGAACCAAGUACGACAUUCAUAUCGAUAACAAGUCGCCACGACCUGGCGAACAAGCAUUUGAGAAGAUGAGUGCUGGGCUGUACCUUGGUGAAAUAUUUCGCCUGGUACUUGAGGACAUGCAUAGCCAAAGUCUCAUGUUCAAAAACCAGGAUGUGAGUCUGUUGCACAAGGAGUAUCAUCUGGAUACCGGGUUUCUCUCGGCACUCGAGAACCACGGCGAGGAGGAAAUGAUGGCACGAUUCAAGGAGGAUCUCAACAUCAAACCAACAAAGGAUGAGCUCAAAAUUUCGAGAUGCCUGGCUGCGAUUGUCGCCUUGCGCGGUGCACGUCUGUGUGCUUGUGGUGUAGCCGCGAUCUGCCAUAAGAAGGGGUUGAAGUCAGGGCACGUGGCAGCGGACGGUUCUGUGGCAAACAAGCAUCCCAAGUUUAAGUUGAGAUGGGCCGAUGCACUGGGUGAGAUCCUCGACUGGCCCAGUGACAGGACGAGUGAUCCAAUAACACUCACUAGCGCUGAGGACGGAAGUGGUGUUGGGGCGGCAGUCAUUUCAGCAAUGGCCGUGGCUGACCGAGGUUAAAGAUUUAUGCACAGCGAAUAGUUUAAUGAGUAAUGAACAGUCCAGGGAACAGUGUUCCAUGCGUCAUGGCUACC